UCUCAAAUGUUAAACUUAACCGAUGUGGGAUUUAGAAACUUAGGCCAAAGAAUUCAAAGUCCUCAAUUUUGGCUUGAAAAAGUCAUCAAUUGAGGCUUGGCUUUGAAUUCAACAGUGUGGGAUCAUGAUCAAGGAUUGUGGAAUGAUUAUUUCAACACUUUGAUGGGACUCAACGAAACCAAAGGAAGCUGGUGUCUUCUCACUACUCGGUCGAAACCAGUGGCUGAUGUUGUAUCUACACAUUUGAAGAUGAAUAGCGGUCCUUAUUUCUUAGGAAAGCUAUCACGUGAUGAGUGCUGGUCCAUCAUAAAAGGAAAGGUGAUGAGUGCAGGGGAAGAAGUACCAGAAGAAUUGGAAGCAUUGAAGAAGCAAAUUUUAGGGAGAUGCGAUGGCCUACCCUUGGCAGCAAGUUUGAUUGGUGGCUUGUUGCUUAACAACAGAAGAGAGAAGUGGCACUCCAUUGUGCAAGAGAGUCUUUUGAAUGAAUGUCAAAGCGAGAUUGAGCAAAUACUUAAGGUGAGCUUUGAUCAUUUGUCACCUGCAUCAGUUAAAAUAUGUUUUGCAUAUUGUUCAAUUUUCCCCCAGGAUACAGAAUUGGAACAAGAUCUAUUGAUUGAGCUUUGGAUGGCGGAAGGUUUUGUUCAACCAUAUCGCCAAAACCAAAGGCUGAUGGAGGAAAUAGGGGGUGAUUAUUUUAUGAUUUUGUUACAAAAUUCCUUAUUGGAAAAAGUAGAAGAAUCGUGGCGGGGAACAUAUUAUUAUAAAAUGCACGAUCUCGUGCAUGAUUUUGCAAAAUCAAUUCUCAAUCCAGAAAGCAGCAAUCAGAAUCGCUACCUUGCAUUGGGCUCUUUUGAAGGUUUGGCAGAAAAUACCACAAGGACAAUACCAGCAUCAAUUCGCACAUUAUUUCUCCAUCUAGAGGGUGGCGUAUCUACUGACAUGCUUUUAAGAUUCAAGUGCUUGCAUGUUCUCAGAUUGUCUGGCGAUGAUGUCGAGUCUCUACCGAGCUCCAUUGGCAAACUACUACAUUUGCGGUUGCUCGACAUUUCAUCUUCUGGAAUCAGAAGUUUGCCAGAAUCUCUUUGCAAGCUAUAUAAUUUGCAGACACUAACGAUUAAUGAUUAUGCACUUGAAGGAAGUUUUCCAAAACGGAUGAGCGAUUUGAUUAGCUUGCGACAUCUAAACUACAAUCAUUAUAAUGUAGAAUUAAAAAUGCCGGUGCAGAUGGGACUAUUGACUUGUCUUCAAACUCUGAAGUUUUUUAAUGUAAGUCAAAAAAGGGGAUGUGGUAUCGAAGAGCUUGGGACCUUGAAAUAUCUGAAAGGAUCGUUGAGUAUAAGAAAUCUUGGACUAGUGAAGGGCAAAGAAGCAGCUAAACAAGCAAAAUUGUUCGAAAAGCCAGAUCUGUCCGACUUGGUGUUUAAAUGGGAGAGUGGGGAUCGGGAAAGCGAUAAUCGUGAGGAGGAUGUGUUGGAAGGUCUCCAACCUCACCCAAAUUUGCAAGGGUUGGAAAUUCAUUCUUUUAUGGGUAAUAAAUUUCCACAAUGGCUUAUCAAUUUGUCAAAAUUGGAGACAUUGCGGAUAGAAGACUGCGAGAGAUGCAGUGAACUCCCCUCAUUAGGACAACUACCAUCCCUCAAACGUCUCUCUUUGAUAAGAUUGGACAACAUUCGAUUUAUUGGAGAUGAAUUCUACGGUAUUACUGCUAAUGGGGAGGAGGAGGAGGAGGGCAGAUCACGAGCAUCAGGAAGCAGCGCUAGAAGGCGAAAAUUCUUUCCUGCCCUUGAACAACUCUAUGUACGAGAUAUGAGGAAUUUGGUAGACUGGAAAGGUGCAGACCAAGUGAGGUCAACAGUAGGUGAAGCAGAAGCAGAUGUCUUUCCCCUGCUGAGGAAUUUUUACAUUCAAGAUUGCCCACAACUGACCACUCUUCCAUGCUCGUCUAAAAGUCUACACGUGGAGAAUUGCAAUAAUCUAACAAGUAUAAAAACGGGUUACGGCACUGCUUCUGUUGAGGAUUUGAAGAUCGACUCUUGCGACAAUCUUAGGGAGCUGCCAGAUCUGGAUCUGUUUGGAUCGAGUUUGCAGCGAUUGACCAUCUCAUUUUGCCCAAGAUUAAUUAGUCUAGGAGUAAAUGGACAGAAAUGCCCCCUACCAUGCCUUGAGCGAUUGAUUAUUUGGAAUUGCAAUGGGUUGACCACUAUAUCCGACAAAAUGUUCGAGUCAUGCCCGUCUCUGAUGUGCCUGUGGGUGGAGGGGUGCCCCAAUCUGGUGUCGUUUUCGCUUAAUUUGCAGGAGACGCCUUCUCUCGAGGAAUUCACCCUAGCCAACUGUCCCAAAUUGAUCCCUCAUAGUUUCAAAGGAUUUGCUUUUGCCACCAGCUUAAGAGAAUUGAGCAUCAACAGUCCCUUCUCCUCAGAUGACUCCUCAGUCGAUGAUUUUGAUUGGUCUGGUUUAAGAUCAGCAUCAACACUCCGUGAGCUUCGAUUAGAAGGGUUACCUCACACGGAGUCCCUGCCACACCAGCUUCAAUACUUGACUACCCUCACUUCACUAAGUCUUCAGUACUUUGGAGGAAUAAGAGUGCUACCGGAUUGGAUUGGAAACCUUGUGUCCCUUGAAACCCUAUGGCUAUGGAAUUGCGAAAAGCUUCAGUCUUUACCAUCCGAGGCCGCCAUGAGACGACUCACAAAGUUAACAAGUGUUGAAGUUCAUUUUUGUCCUCUACUAAGACAACGAUACACUUCCCAAAGAGGCAUCUACUACUUGGAGGAGGAGAUUUCAAGUGAUCCAACAAGCAGUGAGAGCGAAGAAGAUGAAUCGACAACAAUGAACUAGCAGGCAGAGAGGGUGAACAAAAAAGCAUUCAUGGUGCUCAAACAUCAGCUUCAUGGUGUUUCCCAUCGUUGUUGAAGAAGAAGAAGAGGUCAGGAGGUAUGUUGUGCAGAAAAGUGAUAAUGCAGCAUUUCUCUCCCCAAGAACUCUUUUCUUACCUCCAUCCAAUUUACUAAAAGUACAAGGAAUUGGUGCAGAGUCUUAGGAGACAUAGCUUAUGUUAUUGGACAAAGGACGCCAUCGUUUACACACCAAUUGUCACACGAUAUUGCAUAAUAGGAGAAACUUCUUGAAUUCUGGCCAUGUCCUCGCUUAAAGGUAGGGAUAAUACAUUAGAGAAGAUUUGAGGAGGCUAUUGAUUACGUAAAUGAGCAGCAUCCUUCAGAUGAUUCCUCUGUUCCAGCUGAUCCCGACCUAACCUGAAAAAUGCAACAGACACGAAAGAGGCACAAAUCCCUCCGGAGCUUAUCACUCGAUGUGUAGCUACUCUGCUCAUGAUUCAGCUGCUUUUUGGGUGUACAUCUCUAAGAUCCUUUAUUCCCAUCUUGUCUCUUUCUUUGCUUCAUAGAGGGCCCACUUGUGAUGAUGUUUAUAUUAGAAGUUUGAUCACUUGGACGAUUCCCUUCCCCUUUUCCUGUUAAAACUACAAGCUGUGCAUAUUUUGGUUUAUAUUUUCCUUAUGGCUUAUUAUCAGUUCAAAGUACUGAAUCUCAGUUUCAAUAAAGUGGAUAUUUAUGGCUAUUAAAUUGUAGCCAUAAUGAAGUUACUGACUCAAUCUAGCAACUAUUCGUAUAAUGGGAUCACUCCCUUGUUUUGCUUUUUUCAAUGAAUUAAGGAGGAGUUGAAACUAAUCUCAAACUUCGUUUAACUGAUAAUGAAGCUCACCCUUCACUUGCUUGCUGCUGUUAGGUUUGCAUCAUAUUUUUGAAAUAUUUUCUUUGUCAACUCCAUUUAUUGGUUAGAAAGUUCUUUCCGCAGUUGUAGGAAUGACACGACUAGAAUAUCAGUUCUCUAUUCGAGAAUUGAACAUCUGUGCGUACAAUGUUUUAAAUGCUCUUCAUUCUACAAUUUGUUGUUUUGUUUUCUUGUGAUGUACACAGUUCGACCUUUUUGCGAAUGUAUACUUAUUGGCUUAAUAUUGCAGUCAUUUAUUGCAAAAAUGUACAGAGAGGCAGUUUCCACUAGCUGAUGUGGCGCAAAUAUUGGAUUCUGCAAUUACAAGCUUGAAGCCUUGCUGCCCACAAAACCUUCCAGUUUAUACUGAAAUACAGAAGUGCAUGGGAAUUGUCAGGAACCAAAUAUUGGCGCUUAUACCUACUUAGCCAAUAAAACUUGGACGAAUUUUUUUUCAUAUCUGCAAUGUAGUAAUUGAUUUGAUUGCCAUCUUAGCUUCUAAGGCUACCAUGACAAAGUUUUCUGUUUGUACCCACCAACAUCAAUGCAAUGAAUUAUCACUUCCAUUAUACUUCGAAUAAGGCCAUCUAUGUUCAAAUCCAUGAUAGAUUUGCCUCUUA